AGCCGUUCGGGUAGGGGCGCAGGAGGCAGGGGGCGCUGGGCCAACCUCGCCGCGGGCGGCCGCCACUGCUCCCCUGCGGCCGGGCCCACGCGCAUAGGAUGGAGAAGAGGCGGCGGAGCCGAAGCCCCGGGAGGAAGGGCGGCGCCGGCAAGAAGGCGGUGCACGAGGUGCCGAGGCCCGGGGACAAGAGCAGCCUGACGGGCCAGCCCUACUCCAAGCGGUUUUUUGAGAUCCUGGAGAAGCGCGCCAAGCUGCCAUGCUGGGCCCUGCGGGAGGAAGCCGUGCGCAUGGUUGCGGAGAGCCAGAGUUCCGUGCUCAUUGGCGAGACUGGCAGUGGGAAGACCACGCAGGUGCCACAGUUUUUGCUAGAGGCGGGCUACGCUAGUGGCGGCAAGGCUAUCGCGGUCACGCAGCCGCGCCGCGUGGCGGCGAUGAGCGUGGCGUCCCGCGUGGCGCAGGAGAUGGACGUCGAGCUCGGUCAGGAGGUGGGCUACCUCAUUCGGUUCGAGGACGUUACGAGCGACAAGACAGUUCUCAAGUACAUGACGGACGGGAUGCUCUUGCGCGAGUGCAUGUCGGACCCGAUGAUGAGCAACUAUUCUGUGGUGGUCCUGGACGAAGCGCACGAGCGGACGCUGUCCACCGACAUUCUCUUUGGGCUGCUGAAGGAAGUCCUCGUAAAGCGAUCGGACCUCCGUUGCCUGGUGAUGUCGGCCACGCUCGAGGCCGAGAAGUUCCAGGAGUAUUGGGACAGCGCCCCCCUUCUUCGAGUGCCCGGCCGCAUGUUUUCGGUGGAAACGUUUUUCUCGCUAAAGCCGCAGAAGGACUAUGUCGAAACUGCCGUCGAGACCUGUUCGCUCAUCCACGUGAAUGAGGGUCCGGGGGACAUCCUAUUGUUCCUGUGUGGCGAGGAGGAGAUAGAGACGGCCUGUGCCCAGCUCGAGCACGAGUUCGGCGAGAGGGGUGACCUCAUGGUGCUGCCGUUGUACUCUUCGCUGCCGAUGCAGCAGCAGCGGCGGGUGUUCCCGCCAGCUCCGGAGGGCAAGCGCAAGGUGAUCGUUGCCACGAACAUCGCGGAGACCUCGCUCACGAUCGACGGCAUCGUCUACGUCGUCGACCCUGGCUUCUUCAAGCAGUCGGUGUACAACCCGCGCACGCACGUCGAGUCGCUGCUCGUGUCGCCCAUCUCCAAGGCCAGCGCCAUGCAGAGGGCCGGCCGAGCAGGGCGCACGCGGCCCGGGAAGUGUUUCCGCCUGUACACCAAGGAUGCCUUCGAGACCGAGCUGCCCGAGAGCACUCACCCCGAGAUCCUGCGGAGCAAUCUCAGCUCGGUGGUGAUUACUCUCAAGAAGCUGGGCGUGGAGGACUUGGUGCACUUUGACUUCAUGGAGCCGCCCUCGCCAGAGUCCAUGAUGAGGGCUCUGGAGAUGCUGCACUUCCUGGGGGCCGUGGACGACGAGUGCGAGCUCACCGAGAUCGGGACUCACAUGGCUGAGUUUCCGGUGGACCCGCACUUGAGCAGGUCUCUCAUAGCCGCUGGCUGCCGAGGGUGCAUCGAGGAGACCCUCGCGAUUAUAGCGAUGCUGUCGGUGCCGCCGCCCUUCCAGCGGCCGCGUUGGAACCCCAAGGCCGCCGACAAGGCGCACAGGGUGUUCGCCUCGGGGCUGGGGGACCAUCUGUCCUUGCUGGGCACCUUCUGCAGAUUCGGGUCGGCGGAGUCACAGAAGGACUUCUGCCAGGAACACUACCUUUCAGAGCGGUCGAUGAAGCAGGCAGAGAACAUUGCCAGACAGUUGCGAGGCAUCUGCCAGAAGCGGGGUUUGACGAGAAAGGCGGCCGCACCAGAUGGCGGUUCGCUCACGCUGGCCGUCCGCAAGAGCCUCGUCGAGGGGUUCUUCAUGCAGACAGCCUACAUCGAGUCUGGUGGCAAGCACUACAUCACCGUGCGCGACCAGCAGGCUGUUAAUAUUCAUCCAGCAUCUUUCCUGCAGCACAAGCCAGAGUGGGUACUUUACAACGAGACCGUGGUCACAGAUAGGUGCUACAUGCGCAACGUCACGGCGGUCGCCCCCGAGAUGCUGAUUGAGGCGGCGCCCAGGUGGUUCCACCCCGACACCUGCAAGUUCGCAGAGCAGGCGCGGAAGUCUUUGGAGCGUGCCCUCCCGCGCGUGAAGAAGUGACGCGCUCGCGGCACCGCCCAGGCGGGCGGGCGGCUCCCUGGCGGUCCCAGCGGCCAAGCCGCCUGGGGCUUGGCGGGCCGCCGCAGGCUACGCCACCGCCGCCGCUGGGCAGGGCCGCGGCAUGCAGGGUAAGGUCUUCAUCGGCGGGCGGGGACCUUUCCGGAGCAGGGGCGAUCUCGUGUCUCCUCGUUUUCUCCUCUGCUAGGGGGCUGGGCCGAGGUCCGCCAGCGUCCGCCGCGCCGCUGGAGGAGGCCUUAUAAAAUCCCUGCGGCGCGCACCCGCGCAGGCAGAAA